UAUAGAUACUGUGGCUGUUCAUCUUUAUUACUACUACUGAAAAUAUGUUAAAGGGAUAUAAAACCCAAAUGUUCUCUUUCAUUUUUCAAAUGGACCAUGCAGUUUUAAAUAACUAUAUCAAAUUUUCUUUGUUCUUUUAGUAUCUUUUGUUAAAAAACAGGGAUGUAUGCUUAGGAGCCGGCCCAUUCCUGGAGCACUAUAUUGCAGCAGUUUUGCAAGCAUGUUAUCCUUUUGCAAGAGCACUAGAUGUCGGCACUAAUUCCUGCCAUGCAGCUCUCCAGAUGCCUACCUAGUUAUAUUUCAGGUGCCCGUAGAAAUGUGAAGGUUUUUGUUGCUGGUGAUUACUUAAAUGACCAUGGCAUCUUUACCUGAAGCUGUGACUCUAAAGGAGUUUUGUCCUUUGUAUUCUAUCCUCAAUGCUAUUCCUGCAAAAGUACAGAAAGGAUUUCGGUCUGUAUUGGUUUAUUUAACAGCGCUUGAUGCCAAUGGUGACUACAUUGCAGUUGGAAGUAGCAUCGGCAUGCUGUAUCUGUACUGCAGACACACAAACCAGAUGAGAAAAUAUAACCUGGAGGGAAAAACAGAGUCUAUCUCUGUUGUUAAACUUCUGAGCUGCUUCGAUGACCUUGUUGCAGUUGGCAUGGUGUCCGGACGUGUUGCUGUAUUUCAAUUAGUGUCUCCUUUACCCGGGAGAAACAAACAGCUUAGAAGAUUUGAUGUGCUUGGUGUUCAUAAGAGUAGUAUCACAGCACUGGCCUGGAGCCCAAAUGGGAUGAAGUUAUUCUCCGGUGACAACAGAGGGAAGAUUAUACAGUCAGAUUUAAACUUUGAUAAGGGUUCAUGUAACUCCUGCCUCAUAUUGGAAGAGAUGUCAUCAAUAGUUCAGUUGGAUUACAGUCACAAAGUAUUGCUUAUAUCAACAACCCAAAGAUGUCUGCUAUUUUACACUGAGGAAAAAGCUGUAAAGCAAGUUGGGAACCAACCGAGAAAAUCCAAUGGCCGAUACGGUGCUUGUUUUAUCCCUGGAUUAUGCAAGCAAAGUGACCUUACGUUAUUUGCAUCAAGGCCAGGCCUGCGUCUCUGGAAGGCUGAUGUCCAUGGUUCUGUGCACUCCACUUUUCUAUUAAAGGAUGUAUUGUCUCAAACAAGCGAAACUAUUGAGUUAUAUCCCCGUGUGGAAGUGUCAAAUGGAGGCAAAUUUAUGUUACCUGAAAAACAUCUUGGUCAUUUGUCUUGCUUCCUGCAUGAAGGGUGGGUUCUGAGCUGGGAUGAAUAUAGCAUCUAUGUAAUGGACACCAUCAAUCAGGCGGUGAUCGGAGGUUUGGAGAGUUCAGGAGACAUUGUGUCAGUGUCUUGUACAAACAAUGAAAUUUUUCUGCUCAAAGGAGAUAGAGAAAUCAUAAGAAUCUCAGAUGUGCCAGAAGGAUCAGUAUCUGCAGUAAUUCACAGCCCAUUUCGAUCAUAUACAGCCAUAUCUGCAGUUAAAGGAAACAACCAAAAUGGAACAUUAUCUGAUGAUAAUGAGAACAGCAAAGAUGUUGAAAAAAUAAAAACUGAGAAAAUACAGCUCUGUGUUGAUGAUGGAGAAAAUGCACUGGAACUCUUGACCGAGUCAAGAAACAGAAGCUGGUCACUCACAGACGAUGUGAUAAGUAGGAGAAGCUCAAUGAAUUCUGUCGAUAGUGGAUGCAGUCUAAAUGCAGCAGGAGAGCAAAUGGGCUUUGCCAAUGAACUUAAAGAGCAGCGUCCAAUUUCUCAGAGGUUUAGCAACAUUAGUAAUGACGAUUUUGACCAAGAACUUAUUGUGAAGUCCAUAAAAGUGAAAAAGAAGAAAAAGAAACGACCAGAAAAUGGAUUCAAGAGUCUGGAAUCUGGUUCCCUUUAUAGAACACCAAGCACUGACAGUCCUCUCACUGUAAGCUCAGACUGUUUUUCUGCCUCUGAAAGCUUGCCAGGUGGUAGUGCAGAACACCUAAGUUCCCAGGAAAGUCUACUUAGUGGGAAGCCCCAGAGUAUCAUAGAUGAUAGCUGUUUGGAUGUGUUUAAUACUCUUCAGCUUACAGAGCCUGCUGCUCUUGUACCAUUGGAUGAAACCGAACAGAUUGACAACAAUUCAAGACGCUUAUUGGAUAUUGCGAAACAGUAUGAGCUGAUUAUACCACCUGUCACCUUGUCCACUAUGAACCCAGAAACUACAAACUUAUUACAACCAGAGGAAUCGGUUUCAUACAAAAGUACAAAUGUAUCCACUGAUGCUGAAAGAGUUUAUAUCCAUGAUCAGCCUGCAUUAGAGGAAUAUGCGGAUAAUAAGAGGACUUUGGAUAACUAUGAUUUGUCCACAGGUAUUGAAGACCAAAUGUCCUUAGAGUUCAAGAAAGACUCAAAUGAAGGUGUCAUAGAAGACCCACUUUUACAGGAAUCAUGUAUAAAGUGCCAAUUAUCCUCAAGUUUUAUUGGGGAAGACAAACAAAGAGAAAACUUUAAUUCAUGGGAUUCUAAAAAGGCAACUAAAGUCUGGAAAACAGAGCGAGACAAACAGGAUCACAUGGUGGCAUCCAGUGAUGAUGAGGACAUCUAUGUUCGGCGAUUACCCUACUCUUCUUCAGACACUAGUGUAGCAGAAAUGGGAGAAUUGGUCAGCUCCCAGGAUAUAAAUUCUUUUUCAUUAGAAGAGUCUGCACUAUUAAAAUCAGAACAGCUUUCAGAGAGCUGGAUGGUUUACUCCGGUCCUGGCAAUGGAAUAUUUGCUUUGGCUGUCUCAGAAAAGUAUAUUUGGUGUCUGGAUUACAAGGGAUCUCUGUACUGCAGUGCGUUACCUGGUGCAGGUCUGCGUUGGCAGAAGUUUGAGGAUGCUGUCCAGCAAGUGGCAGUCUCUCCUUCAGGAGCUCUUCUUUGGAAGAUAGAACAUAAAUCUAACAAAGCUUUUGCUUGUGGAAAAGUUACAAUAAAAGGAAAGAGACAUUGGUAUGAAGCACUUCCACAGGCCGCAUUUGUAGCGCUAAGCGAUGAUACUGCUUGGAUAAUUAGAACAAAUGGAGAUCUUUACUUGCAAACAGGUCUGAGUGUUGACCGUCCUUGUGCCAGAGCUGUAAAGGUUGAUUGUCCGUGUCCAUUAUCUCAAAUCACAGCCAGAAAUAAUGUUGUGUGGGCACUAACUGAGCAACGAGGACUACUGUACAUGGAAGGAGUUAGCAGCCUUUCCCCUGAAGGAGAGGUUUGGAAAUGUGAUCUUGUCAGUGAACGACAAGCUUUGGAACCAGUGUGUGUGACUCUUGGGGAUCAAGAGACUGUGUGGACUCUGGAUUCCAGUGGUAACCUGUGGUUCAGGACUGGAGUAACUCCAAAGAAGCCACAAGGAGAAGAUGAACAUUGGUGGCAAGUCAGCAUAACAGAUUAUGUUGUCUUUGAUCAUUACACCUUAUUUCAAACACUGAUCCAAGCUACACAAACUGUGGCCACUGUAGCCCAGGCACCUGUCGAAAAAGUUGCAGACAAGCUUCGCAUGACUUUUUGGUCACAGCAGUCACAAUGUCAGCCCAGUCUUCUUGGGGUUAAUAGUAGCGGCGUGUGGAUUACAUCAGGCAAAAACGAGUUUCAUGUAGCGAAAGGAAACCUAAUAGGUACUUUUUGGCAAAAUUUUGUACCCCGUGGAACAGCUUCCACUACCAAAUGGGCCAGUGUAUCAGCGUCUGCUUCUCCUACUGCAGAAGACUCCCAUGGCCUCUCCCUUGCUGAACAUUGCUCCAUCGGUAAUAUUACUUGGUCAGACCACGCCCCUAUCACUUGCUCCAUGCUGUGGCCUGGCUUACCGAUAAUUAAUAAAACCUGGAAACUAGAUGACACUAUAUUGGAUAAUCCAAUAUUCAGGGGAGAAGUAGAAAAGUCACUAACAGAAUACUUUCUAAUUAAUGAAAACACCACAUCCUCUCCUCUACUGGAGUGGGAGGCUCAUAAAUCUGUGAUUAGAGGUCUUUGUAUCAAGCAAAGUGCUCAACUAGCCAAACAAUCCAAGGUUCUCCAUACCACUCUCCUAGACAGAAUUAAUGUUUUAGAAAAAGCACAUAAAAAGAACCCAGACAACACUACUUUUACGCAAGACUUACUACUAGCCAGGUCAGACCUAAAGCAAUACCUCACCAAACUACAUCAGCGUAAUGCACUGCGCCUUAAGCAAUAUUAUUAUGAGGGGGGCAACAAACCCGGGAAAAUCCUCGCGAGAACACUCCGUAGGAAACAAUUGUCAUCCUAUAUCCAUGCCAUAAAAUCUAAAGACGGUACCCCGAUUUCCAGUAGCAAGCUUAUAGCCUCGACUUUCAGGGAAUUUUAUAGAUCACUGUAUAACAUAGACGACUCAGCUAACGUCUCACACACUCAAUCAGAUCAGAAUACCCUAGAAGAACAAACAAAUAAUUAUUUUAGCGACAUUAACCUCCCCUCCUUGGCAGAAGAGGAGAGACUUGACCUAGCUUCCCCUAUCUCAGAGGAGGAAUUACUUAUCGCAAUUGGGGGAAUGCCGUCUGGCAAGAGCCCAGGGCCGGAUGGUUUUACCUCCAGAUACUACAAAGUCUUUAGUAAAAUAUUAUCUCCUCACUUACUAAAACUUUUUAAUGCCCUAAGGGACAGACCUGUCUUAUCCAAUUCACUUCUAGAGGCACAUAUAACAGUCAUCCCCAAGCCGGGGAAGCCGGCCAAUUGCCCAGAGAAUUUUAGGCCCAUCUCUCUUAUAAACUCGGACAUGAAACUUUUGGCGAAGGUCCUCGCCAACAGACUAAAUAAAUACUUACCAAAAUUGAUUGGCACAGACCAAGUUGGCUUCAUUCCGGGCCGUGAAGCCCGUGACAACACCAUUAAAAUCUUGCAAAUAAUUAACUAUGCCAAGGUUACAAAAGUCCCGAUGGUCCUUUUUGCAACGGACGCGGAAAAGGCCUUUGACCGGGUUCGAUGGUCUUUCCUUCGUAGAACUUUGUCCGAGAUGGGGAUCCCAGAUCCUUUUCUAAAUACAGCCAUGGCAUUGUAUUCCUCUCCAAACGCAAAAAUUAGAAUUAAUGGUACCCUUUCCGAUUCCUUUGCAAUUAGAAACGGCACUAGACAGGGCUGUCCCUUAUCCCCACUUCUCUUCGCCAUCUCCAUCGAGGUAUUAGCACAAAAAAUCAGAAGGAACGGGGAGAUUACUGGUGUAGUGAUAGGGGAAUAUGAACACAAACAAGCUCUCUACGCGGAUGAUGCGCUCUUUUCGCUAACGAAUGCAGAGACAUCUAUACCUGCACUGCUUGAUGAAAUGGCUAAAUAUAGACAUGUGAAAUUGUGCAGUUUCUCUUGUGGAAAUCAACAUAUCUGGGCAUGUGAUACCAGUGGUAUUGUUUACUUCCGAGUAGGAACUCAACCUCUAAACCCAAGUAUGAUGUUGCCAGCCUGGAUCAUGAUAGAGCCCCCUAUACAGCCUGUAGGAUUCAACUUAGUUGCUGUCUAUUCCAGUCCAAAUGAUCACAUGCUAUGGACACUUGAUAACAAAUACAAUGUUUAUGUGAGGAUUGGAAUUACUGAAGAAAUGCCUGUGGGAAUAGAUUGGGAACAUGUUCCUGGUUUGCAAGCAUGUCAGUUAGCUGUUAGUGCAAGAACAGUCUGGGCACGUUGUCCGAAUGGUGAUAUAGCGAGACGAUAUGGUAUUACAGAAAAGAAUGCAGCUGGUGACUAUUGGAAGAAAAUCCCAGGAAAUGUGACUUGGUUAACAGUGACUGCUAUGGAUGAACUCUGGGCUGUGGGCUCCACAGGGCAACUUCUGCAGCGUCUCACAAAAACCUACAGCCAUUACUCAAACAUUCCCAAAAAUGACAGUUUAUUAGUCCAUUCAGAUUUUGAAGACGAAUGGGAGGUAAUCUGAGGAUGCAAGAAGAUGACUAUCAAGUCUGUGAUAGUUGAUAAGCUGCUAAAAGAAGCCUGUUUUGUCCUUAACACAUUUCAAAUGAAUAUAUAAGCACUUUGCCGGAUACUGCAAAUAUUACUGUUUUAGUGCCUGUGCUGCAGAGGAACAUGUUGAAGGAUAGUGCCACCAAAAUUUUACCUGGGUUUAUUUUAAAGAGUAUCUUAAAGGCAUAGGAAAGUCAACAUUUAAAUUAUUAAAGUGUAAUUUUAAGAAAAUUUUAAAUUCACUUCUAUUUUCAAAUGUGCUUCAUUGUCUAGGUAUCCCUUGUUGAAAUAGAAUACACACCUAUCCUACACUAGCGGGAGCUAGCUGCUGAUUGGUGCCUGCACACAUUUGUCUCUUGUGAUUGGCUGACUAGAUGUGUUCAUCUAGCUGCCAGUAGUGCAAUGCUGUUUCUUAAGCAAAGGAUAACAAGAGAAUGAAGCAAAUUUGAUAAUUGAAGUAAAUUGGAAAGUGGUUUAAAAUUGUAUGUUCUAUCCAAAUCAUGAAAGAAAAUGUUAGGGUUUCCUGUCCCUUUAAGUUUUAGCAUGGGUACCUUUAUCUGACGAUUGCUAUACUGUUGUUUUUUUUUUUUUCUAACUAAAACCAAUUUAUCUGUUAAAUACAGUUUAUUUUUCUUAUUUUUUAUUUUAUCUGUAGUCCAGCUCUUGUAUAUUUAACCGUAAUAAGAUGCUUUUCUGACCAGUUAUCAUUGAAACUUUUUAUAUAAACCCUUGCAAAGAUUUGAUGGAUUUCCUUUUAACAGUAUGUUUACAGUUUUGUAAGGUUGCUAUAAAUGUCCUUACACACAUGCAUGAACUCUGUAUACGUGUUUAUUCACACCUCCAUAACGGAGAUUUAAAAAGUAGAUUUUAAAGAUUCACAAGCUCACUUUAACCAGUUACCUGAUUUUAGUAAGACUGAUGCAGUUGAAAAAAACGUAUAUUAUUUGGAAAUUCUGUUUCAAGUUUAUUUGUGUUUUUAUCAAUUGUCAAAUUGUCCUGAUUUUAAAAUUAAACCUUAAAACAAA